AUUUAGACACGCAAAUUUGCCAGUUUGGACCGAGAAUUGGGUCGUUUUGUUCUGACCAAGAAAGCGUAUGUAAAACGCAGUCGUAUUCUUUGUCGGUUAGAAGGUCAUCAUCCAAAGUGGUUUCAUAGCUUGAGCCUAAAGAAAUAGGAAGAAAGCAGACAUUUUAGACAGAGACAGAGAAAUCUGGUGAAUUUGCCUACUGUCUUUCUUUGCAAAAUCUCUUGGGGUACUAGUUUCUUUCUGCUUCUUCACCGGUAAUGGAGUCCUUGCUGCGUAGUAUUCUUUUCCCUUUUUUGCUUUGUUCCAUUCUCUUGCUCAAUCACUCCGUUAGAGCCGACAAUGAUGAGGAAGAUGCUCUUUUUAAAGGCAUCAACAGUUAUCGGACUUCCUUAAACUUGUCGGCUCUAACAAACAGCGAAAAUGCUGAGUGUCUUGCUGAUGGAGUAGCUGAGGAAUUCAAGAAUCAACCCUGCACUAACACUACAGGUGCUAACACAGUACCAGGGACUGAACCUAAUUUCCCCAACUAUCCAAACAUUUUAGCUAAAUGCCAUUUGAAUGUCUCCAACACAAGGGAUGGAAUGGUAUUACCUGCUUGUGUUCCCAACCUGGAUCCAACUCUUGUACUAUCAAACUUCACAAAAUCUCAGUACUCUGAUUCUCUCAACGACACAAAAUUUACUGGAAUUGGGAUCGGUUCUGAAAAUGACUGGAUUGUUGUUGUACUGACCACAUCAACGCCUGAGGGAAGCUUUGUGCCAGCCACUAAUGAUAAUGGUAGCAGUGCAGCCAGUUUUCUCAAUAUCCAUGAGAUGUACAACUUUCUAGUUUUGCUGAUGGCUUCUAUCUUACUGUUGUAAACCAAAAGCAUAGCUAUACUCUACGAUUGCUCACCACCUGUUUCUUUUUUUUUUCUGGAAAAGACAAUCAAAAGCCAUGUUAUAAUUUACAAGAGGAUUUUUUUAUGCUUCUCCAACGGAGUCAGAAACAAUGAAAUCUUUGAAUGAUGUUGCUUUAUUUUGUAAACAUUUGAGCUGAUUUGAUGCACCAAGUUUUAUUUGGUUCUA